AUGUCUUGUGGAUGUCAAACUAAUUUUGAUUCUUGUUCUUCAUUUACUCAAAAUGAAACUAACGACCUGUCAAUUGCUUGUUUAAUGCCUUCUACUGAUGUUGUUUUGGAGAAUAACACCUCAUCUAAAAAUUACUUUAGUACUGAAACAAAAACACCCUCAUUGUCUGUGUUUGAUAACUCAUCCUCUGUAAUUAAAAAGAGAGAAGAAAUGACAGGUAUAGAAAAAGGGACAAUACUUACUACUGACAAUAAAAAUCAAAGUAUUGUAACAAAUGGUUCAAAAGAGGUCAUGACAAAAGAAAACCAAAACUCAACUCAACAAUUAGAAAAAGAUAUUGUUUUGGAACAACAAACAGGAAUAUGUUCAACGUUUCACCCCAGUGUCUGUUGUGAGGAAUAUAGCUCGAAAGAAGAAAUUAAGAAAUCUGAAGAAAAAGAAAAGACUAAAAACCAAUCUCAAACAAGUUCAACUUCAAUUGAAGAAGAUAUCUCAACGGACAAAGAGGAUUUUGAAGAAGAUUUUAAAGAAUUAGCACAAUCAGAAGUACAUUUAUUUGAGCAAGCUUCAGCCAUAUUUUUAACAGCAUCUAAUAACAUUAAAUUAAAGAAAGAAAGUGGGAUUACUAAAGAUGAAUUAGAAGUGAUUAGACGUGCAUGUGAUGUUCUUGGAAGUGGGAUUGAGGAAUCAUCCAUAAAUCAAGAAGAGUUAGAUAAAAUCUUUUUACAGAGUGAUUCGACAAUAUCAAAUAGUAGCGAAGAUUACCAACACCACAACAAAAAUAAAGAAAAGAAACCGAAACAAAACCAAGGUUUAAAACGAGUUAAACGAGUUAUUAGUGUUCAUAGUACUCUUCAACAUCAUUGA